AUAACUACCAUUCUUGACACCAUGAGUUACUACGGCAUCUACUAUGGAGGCUUGGGCUCUAGUUUCCAUGGCUUUGGAAACCUGGGUUAUGGCUCUGGCUGUGGCUGUGGCUUUGGAGGCUAUGGCUAUGGCUCUGGCUAUGGCAGAUAUGGGUAUGGCUACCGCCGCCCACUUCAUUAUGGAGGAUAUGGAUUCUCCCGCUUCUACUGAAAGGCAUUCCAGAAGAACUAGCAUCUUAAACAUAAGACCAUUACCCCAAACUCAUACAAGGACUAAAUUAAAUGAACGUACGUACUGUGAACCAAAUCAAGAAGAAAACAAUUUAACAUCCAAGCCUUUGAGACAACCAUUUAGCAUGUAAACCUUUGAAGGAAUGCUUGGCAUCUUGUAAUUCUCCAUUUUAUGCCCCCUGAUUUCUCUUCUGUCAUGUCUUAAAUGUAGACUUUUUGACUUUUUGCAAUAAAUUAUCC